ACCAAGAAACCUGUACGUUACCGGCAGAGUUAUCUCUAGAGAAAAAAAGUUUUAACAUUUGUGUGCAGAUGGCGCAUAUGAAACUCCUGUUAUAUCGAUGAUCGGACAGUAUCGAUAUUUAAAAUCGAUGUCGCAGGUGGUCGCCAACGCAGUGCCACUGCCGACGCUGCUGACGCCGACAAAUAUCCGCAUCGUACUCCGAGGUCCCGCAAGUCACGUACAGCGUCUAAUAAUCUAAUAUAAUACAGCAAGUGCUUGCUAAAAGAACUACCGCGGCUGAAUAUGCCGUAUAGCGAAGAAUACAUUAAGGACAAGGUGAACGUGGGAUUGAAAGCUGUACACGUGGAGCCUCCUCUCGAGUUCCUUGCCGAUUAGUUUCGAUUCGAGGAUAGCUAUUCGAAGCGACAGACGUGGGCCGCUCGUAUGAGGGAUAAUGCGGGGAAAGCUGCAGCUUAUUUUCAUCACCUCCCUCGCCGUUCUCUUGAGAUGCUGCGUUACUUAUCACUCCCACAGCGGAGAGGGCAAGCCCCCGAUGUACGGAGACUACGAGGCCCAGCGGCACUGGCAGGAGAUCACGUUGAAUCUGCCUGUCGACAAGUGGUACAUCAAUACCACAGACAACGAUCUGCAGUAUUGGGGCCUAGAUUAUCCGCCUUUGACGGCGUACCACAGCCUCCUGUUAGGUCACGUUGCCAACAGAAUAGAUCCCGCCUUCGUGAAGCUGCGGGAAUCCCGGGGAUUCGAGAGCGCGACGCACAAGCACUUCAUGAGACUGACCGUAUUGGUCGCCGACAUUCUGAUCUACUUGCCGGCGAUCGUGUACUUUAUAGUCAACUCGCAUUCGCGGGGCAGUUGUCAGUUCGACGAGACCAACGUAUUCAGGUUUACGAGGCGAAACCUCGCUGUCCUGACCGCGCUGAUCUACCCGGGAUUGAUACUGAUAGAUCACGGACACUUUCAGUACAAUUGCGUGUCGCUGGGCCUCUUCGUCGCCGCCGUGGCCGUUAUAGUGCAAGAUUCAUUCGUCGUUAGCUCGGUCCUGUUUGUCCUGGCGCUCAACUAUAAGCAGAUGGAGCUGUAUCACGCGUUGCCGUUUUUCUUCUAUAUACUCGGACGUCACACGCCCGGCAAGACGAGGUCCUGGUCCCACUGCGUUCGCAGACUGACACGCGUGUCCCUCGCGGUGCUGCUGACGUUCUACGUUAUCUGGAUGCCGUUUCUCAAGAGCAGAGACCUGUUCUUCAGCACAGUACUGAGACUAUUCCCCUUUUCCAGGGGUGUGUUCGAGGACAAGGUCGCCAAUGUCUGGUGCGCGAUCAACGUUGUCUGCAAAUUGCGGCAGAUUUUCACCAACGCCCAGUUGGCCAAGAUCUGUUUAACGGCGACAACGUGCGCGGUUCUACCGAGCUGCGUCAGCUUGUACCUGUCGCCUACGAGAAACGCGUUUCUACUAUCUCUGAUUAACUCCGCCCUGGCAUUCUUCCUCUUUUCGUUUCAAGUUCACGAGAAGUCCGUUCUCCUGGUCGCCGUUCCGGUCUUGCUGUACUUUCACAACGAUCCUCUCCCUUGCUUCUGGUUCCUCAUCAUCUCGCACUUCAGUAUGCUGCCGUUGUUCAUAAAGGAUGAGCUGUACCUCGCUUACCUCGGCACGAUGGUCUUUUACUUUUGUUCCGUCUCUUGGGUGUGGCCCGAGCUAUUGUGUAACAGUAGAGCAAAAAGCGUGUUAAACAAGGAUAAGUCAAAGUCGAGAAGUAAGGCAAGACAAAGUAAGAAAAGCAAGCUCCUCCCAGAUUUGUUGAACCUCAGUAAAAGGCGCUGGCUCCUCGUCGCGUUCUAUGGAUCUAUUUCAGGUGCGUCGCUUCUCUCCAUUGUCAGCCAAUUGGCGAAACCUCCCGAAAGUUACCCGGAUCUAUUUCCGCUUUUAAUAUCGAUAUAUUCGUGCGGACAUUUUCUAAUUUUCUUGGUGUAUUUCAAUUACGUGCAACUGUUUGUAUUAAAGCGAGAGACCGUCGCAGGUAAACUCAAGUCGCAUUAAUCGAGCUAGUGAAACUAGAGAAUGUGUAAAUUGUAAAGACUAAAUAAAUCUGCUCUUUGAAAAGGGCAUGUAAAGACGAA